UGUGUGUGUGUGUGUGUGUGUGCGCGCGCGCGCAACCUGAGCACAGAGCGUCCUGGCUUUUCAACCACCGCGGAGCCAAACUCCAACUUUCCUCUGGGCAGGCGAGGAUGGAGAGCGGGGAUAAAUGAAGCAAAGAGCUCCAUUUAAAAUGAAGAGCAGAGGGGGGUGCAUCAAUGGUGGCAUGUGGUAGCCUAAUAAGAAAUUCGCAGAUUUCUGUGCAUGUUACUCAGCGGCAAAGUCUUUCCCCUCUGAGAGACGAGCGGCGGAAGCGGUGCUAUUUUUAGAAACCGUGUUACCGUAGAGGAGUUAAUCAAAGUGGGGCUUAAAGCAGUGUUUUCAGGACAGUCUGCUGCUUUCACUGCUGCAAUCUUCGGAGACUCCUAUCUGCGCUUGCCGUGUCAUGGGGACAGGACGAUGCAUUUAUAUCAAUUUUAUCUCAGCUAGUGCCAAAUGAUGCCUUAUUUCCCUCUCGUGCUCUCCAGGAAAGCACACCGGGGGACGGCAAACUUUCGCGCCAUGGACUCCUCUGCACUUAAUGGCAACAGCUGCUGCAAUGCUUUUGGGACCUCGUGUAGUUUUGUGUCUUUUCCGAGUCUUAGGAUUUUUAAAGAACAUUGCAGUUUGGGAUGUGAAUGAGAAUUAGUAUUGACUGAAAAAGAGCUACGGAGAAAAAAAUCGUUGAGGCGCAUACGGGUUUCUCAUCCUCCUCACUUCUGUCAAAGUGUGAGCACCUGUUUUUGCCGGCUCCUAUGGGAAUUAAGCACUCGUCCCGCUGCAUGCUCCUCAGGAGAAAAAUGGCGGAGUCUGAGAGCACUGAGCAACCACAGCCACGGCCAAUUCGUAUAAUUCCAUCCCAGUCGGCACAGCCCACCUCGUUGCCCAAGCCGGUGCCUUCCAUCCAGCACGCCUCACGGCCUCCUCUGCCGCCACAUACGCCCCAUGCUGCCAGCCUUCCCAGCUGUCCUGGGCGGGGGAAGAUGUCCAAAUUUCUUAGCCCAGAGGAGAUGACCUCACGAGACUACUACUUUGACUCUUAUGCCCACUUUGGUAUACAUGAGGAGAUGCUGAAGGACGAAGUGAGGACGCUAACCUACAGGAACGCCAUGUACCACAACAAGCACGUCUUCAAGGACAAAAUAGUGCUGGAUGUUGGAAGCGGGACUGGGAUCCUGUCCAUGUUCGCGGCCAAAGCGGGGGCAAAGCACGUGUAUGGGAUUGAAUGUUCCAGUAUAUCCGAGUACUCAGAGAGGAUCAUCAAGGCCAACCACCUCGACAGCGUGAUCACCAUCUUCAAAGGCAAGGUGGAAGAGGUGGAGCUUCCUGUUGACAAGGUUGACAUCAUCAUAGCUGAGUGGAUGGGCUACUGCCUCUUCUAUGAAUCCAUGCUCAACACCGUCAUCUUUGCCAGGGACAAGUGGCUGAAACCCGGUGGAUUAAUGUUUCCUGACCGUGCCUCUCUGUACGUGGUGGCCAUAGAGGACAGGCAGUACAAAGACUUCAAAAUACAUUGGUGGGAGAACGUGUAUGGCUUCGACAUGACCUGUAUCCGUAAUGUUGCCAUGAAAGAACCACUGGUGGACGUAGUGGACCCUAAACAGGUGGUGACCAACUCCUGCCUCAUCAAGACUGAUCAGGCUGCUGUGCCAUGCAUGUCAAAAGCAGCCCGUCUCGUCCACCUGAUUGUGCUUCUUGUCACAGUGACCUUCUUAUCUCCGCAAUUGAUUGGACGGCUCUCCCCUGUCUCACCUCUGUCCUGGUAAAAAAUUGCUGUGUGAUCAAUCAUACCUUGACUUCAGUAUUGCUUUUCUCAUGUUGCUGAUUAUCGAUUUGUUGUCAUUGUUAAUUUGAAGAAGGCCUGAGGGGCCAAAACAUAGAGAUAUGCAUAUGGAGCCAGACUGUGCGACAUUUUAAUUCUAAUUUUCAAGUCUACCUCCAGUGAUCAGCACCUCACUACAACCCUUGCUGUGCGCAGAGGUGGAAAAAGUACUAAAAUAUUGUACUCAAGUAAAAGUACCAAAGCUUUGAUGAAAUGUUUCUCAAGUACAAGUGAAAUUACCUAUCUGAAAAAUGACUCAAGUAAAAGUAAUAAGUAGUUCAUUUAAAAUGUACUUUAAUUAAAAGUUACCUUGUUACAUAAAAAACAACUGUAAAACGAGGCGGGGGAUCUCUCCCAUGUAGUGA